AUGCGACGGGAUCUUCAAUACGAGCGUGGACAGGGUGGCCUCCCAUCAACCUACAGAUUGAGAGUGCUCACUAGUAUGGCCCGCGAACUAGUCAAUGGACCUAUGCUCUGCAAUAGCUCGGGCUAUUGCAUUGGCUUGCGGCUUUUGACUGAGUCUCUCAGGGACUACUUUGCCCAAUUCGGCGAGGUUGUCGAGUGCACCGUGAUGCGCGAUAGCACCACCGGCCGGUCGCGAGGCUUUGGCUUCCUGACGUUCAAGGAUGCCAAGACUGUCAAUAUCGUCAUGGUCAAGGAGCAUUUCCUCGACGGCAAGAUUAUGAUCCGAAGCGCGCAUCCCCGCGACGACAGAGAAGACGAGCAGAUCUUCGUCGGCGGCGUCAGCAAGAGACGACUGAUCAGAUUCAGAUUACUGCUCAGUUUGGCCGCGUUGUCUGAUGCCACCCUCAUGAUGGACAAGGACACGGGCCGGCCAAGGGGCUUCGGCUUUGUCACGUUUGAGAGCGAGGAGGGCGUCGACGCCUGCCUCAAGACGCACCUGGAGAUCCACGGAAAGCCGAUCGAGGUCAAGAAGGCCCAGCCACGCGGCAACCUCCGCGAGGAGGAGGAAGCUGCUCGUCGCGGAGGUGGAAAGUUCCGCAAGGGCGGAGACGACGGCGGCACCAACGGCCAGGGCGGGAUGAACAACCAGAUGGGCGGCGCCGGCGGCAUGACGCCCCAGGGCAUGGCACAGCACUUUCAGCGCAUGCAGCAGUACUUCGCCAUGAUGCAGCAGCAGAUGGCCAUGCAGCGCGGCAUGCCGAUGAACCCGGCCAUGAUGCAGCAGAUGAUGCAGAUGCAACAGAUGCAACAGAUGCAGAACCAGAUGAUGGGCGGGCGUGGCGGCGGCGGUCCCAAUGGGCAGAACCCUCAAGCCAUGAUGAAUAACAUGAACCCGGCCAUGAUGCAGCAGAUGCAGCAGAUGCAACAGCAGCAGCAGCAGAUGAUGGGUGGCGGUGGCGGCGGCGGCAGCGAUGGCGGCCAGGGCAGCCCGGCGCCGGAACAGCAAGCUCAAGGCGGCGGCGAUGGGUUCAAUAACAACAAUAACAACAACAACUUCAACAACCCGCAGCAGCAAAUGUUCAACCAGCAGCAGCAGCAGGGGCCGAGGGGCGGAGGCCAGAAGGCAUACGGAGGCUUCGGCAUGGGCGGCGGACCGGGAGGGCCGACGUCGUGGGAGGGCAUGUAUGACGACGUUCCGCAACCCAAUAUUCCGCAGGGACCGUCAGGCGGCCGCGGUGGAGGCUUCCACCGGGGCGGACGCGGCGGGUUCCAGCAUCAGCAGCAGCCUGUCGAUCCCAACCACGCGCCGCCGGCGAAUGCGCCGACUGGUCCUAAGAACGCAGGCAGGCCGGGCGCCAACUACCGCGGCGGUGGACGAGGCAACAACCGCGGCUUCCAUCCGUACUCGCGUGGCUAG